GCGGACGGAAUGGAUCUCUGAUGGUGAUGGCGAUGGCGCUGGCGCAGUGGCUCGCGGCAUCCGAGGCGUAAGCGGUGCGAUCGCGGCGGCGAGCUCGGCAGCUAGAUCACGGUCCUAGGAUGCUGGUGAGCUCGCCGCUGAUGAAGGGCUUGUUCGAUGCCCCUCCCCAAUUCUGCCGUGGACGCGCUUGGCUUCGCGACGCUGCUCCUGGUGCUGGUGCUCCUCAUCCUCGGCGUCCUCUGCGCGGCCUAUGUUCUCCACUUCCGCUCCAAGAUCCACCACGACAAUCUCUUGGCGCUCAGGCAUUUUAAUUCCCUCUGGAUCGUUCGCCUCAUUCUCAUCCUCUUCGCGGUUCUCUGGGGAUUGGGCGAGCUCCUCCGGCUGCCACUGCUGCGAAAGAAGGGCUGGUUCCUCCACAGGCUUGGAUUCCGGUGGCAAGUCACCAGCUGCAAGAUCUACAUUCUCUCGUCGCUGGGGAUUCUCGAACCGUGCUUCUUCCUCACCGCGCUGUUCCUCGUCCAGGGAUCCAUCCGCAGCGCUCCCUUCACGCCGAGAAAGAGAUGGAACGGCAGAGUGAUCGUCUCGGUGCUGGGAUUUUGCGCUCCGGUGUUCCUCGCGCAAGUGUUCUUGGUGGUGGUGAGCCCGAUUGUUUGGGGGCGGCGGGAGGAGGAGGGCAGUGCGAGCUACAGGGCUGGCGGAGGAUUCGUCGAUCGAUUCAAGCUCCCGCACUACUUCACGCGGGUGUUCCAGGCGAUGGAGGUGGAGGAGAGGGAAAAGGUGGUGGUGGCGGCGGCGGUGUGCACGUAUCCUCUCCUGAGCACCGUUGUUCUUGGGAUGUUUGGCUGCGUCUACGUGAUCUACUUCCUCUACCUGGGCUGGAAGAUGGCGGCGCUGGUGAUCAACCGGAGGCUCCAGCUGCGGGUGUACGCGCUGGUGAUCGCGGUGGCGCUGCUGUUGCCGAUCCACGUCGUGUUCUUGGGGCUCUCGGUGCUCUCCCGGCCCAGCGAGCCGCUGUUCGAGGCGGUGGGAUUCCUGGGCUUCUUGACGGUGCUGCUGUGCACGACGGUGGGCGAAGGAAUUCUCGUGGUUCGUCCCAUUGCCGACGCGCUGGCGAUUCGGUGGCGAUAUGAGGAGGCCGCCUCCGCCAAAGCUUCGUCGCUCUGGGAGCCGCCGCCGCCAGUGAGAUCAUCAUCCUCGGAAGAACUUCCGCCUCAACGCCAGUUUGUAGUUCCUCUCACGGCGGCGGUCUUGGGUGACGAGUCUGCUACUGCUGGGGAUUCGAGAGUCGAGAAUAUAGAGAUUUCGAGACUGCACAAAGCUUUCCAGGCAGCGAUGGUGAAAUCGUCAUCGUCGUCUUCAUCGUCACCACCGAGUCCCACUCUUCCCGGAAGAACACUCGUCUCAUACACGAAUAGAAUACUGGUAUAGUUUCUUUACCUCAUCUUUGAUAAAAGAAAUACGUAUUUUUCCUCUUA